AUGCCAUUCACCGUCACCGUCGCCUCGCGCGUGGCGCGCAAGAACAAGGCCACCUCGUCCGCCUAUCCCAUGGUCAUCGAGCUGGCCUCGGGCAGCGCGUCGCUCGCCGAGCUCAAGCGCGCCAUCCACAAGCGCCACGUCGGCCUCACGCCCGAGCGCCAGCGCAUCACCAGCGACGACAAGAAGCCGCUACUCGACGACGACAAGGCGCUGCAGCAGCAGGGCGUCAAGGACGGCGACACGCUCUACGUCAAGGACCUCGGACCGCAGGUUGCCUGGCGCACCGUCUUCCUCACCGAGUACGCUGGCCCGCUCGUGAUCAACCCCCUGAUGUUCUGGCUCGCACCGCGCAUCUGGGGCCAGUUUGAGCACUCGCGCAUGCAGAAGCUCGCACUCGCACUCGUCGUGCUGCACUACCUCAAGCGCGAGGUCGAGACUGUCUUCGUCCACCGCUUCUCGAACGGCACGAUGCCCCUCUUCAACAUCUUCAAGAACUCGACGCACUACUGGAUCCUGUCUGGCGUUCUGCUUUCCGGCGCCAUCAACAUCCCGUCUCUCUCGGCCUCCGCACUCAAGGGCACGGUGCAGGACUCGGACGCCUUCCUGAUCGGCUGCACGGCCGUCUGGGCGCUCGCUGAGGCCGGCAACGCCUGGGCCCACAUCAAGCUGCGCAACCUGCGGCCGCCGGGCACGCGCGAGCGCAACAUCCCGCGCGGCGGCCUCUUCGACUUCGUCUCGUGUGCCAAUUACUUCUACGAGUUCCUCGCGUGGACCGCAUACACGGCGCUCACGCUCAGCCCCGCAUCGGCGCUGUUUGCUGCUGUCUCUACGGGCCAGAUGGCCAUCUGGGCACUGGGCAAGCACAAGAAGUACCGCAAGGAGUUCAAGGACUACCCGCGCGGCCGCAAGGCCAUGUUCCCCUUCAUCUUCUGAGCCAGCGCAACAAAAGUGCAGGCCGUCCCAGCGCACAGG